GCGAGGAGAACGUGCGCGCGCGCGCUCACGCAUGGUCGCUGCGAGCCCGCGCUGUUGCACACGUCCCCGACGCGAUCAGUCCGCCGCGCAUUGUCGAUAAAUCGCGUUGGUCCGGUGGCACUUUACGCGCCGCCGUCGUUUCGGGUGUUUUCGCGCUUUCGCACACCCGUACGUGCCCGCACGGUGUACCCGUCGUUCCCAACACACAUCUCUGCUGCGCCCCGUUCUCGCGCUUUCACCGUCGCUGCCUCGCGCCCGUUCCGUGCCCGCACGUCGUCGCCGUGCACAACGGCCCGACCCGGAAACACCCGGCGAAACGCAUCGCACUCAGCAGGUACGCAUCGCACUCAGCAGCAGCCGGUGAACUCGCGGACAGCUGCCGCAGAGCGGAACGCAUCCGAGGUACGUCGUCCGCACCAACAGCUGUCCAGUGUCCGCACCGAUACCGGUGGCCAGCGGCGAUGAGCGAGACCAAACUGUUGAUCGGCAACGAUAUGAUCGCGUCGAAAAACAUGCUCAACCCUUUCGUGCACCAUUUGGAGUUGACGUCCACCUACGAUAAGUUCAAGACUGCGUUUUUUACCAUAGUGGUUCUUCCUGUAAGAAUAAUGGCCAUUUUAGUUUUGCUGUUCAUAGCUUGGAUGUUGGCAAACAUUGGUUUAAUAGGCGUUAGCCAAAGCGAUCUGUCAGAAAAACCGCUUUCCGGAUGGAGACGCAGUGUCAGACGUGCGGUUUACGUGGUGGUCCGGCUAAUGUUCGGGGCUGCGGGCUUCCACCGGGUCAGGACCGUCGGCGAGCAAGCCACACGGCAGCAGGCGCCCGUGCUGGCCGUCGCGCCGCACUCGUCCUUUUACGACGGGCUCGCGGCCGUCAUCACUGGCGGUCCCACCAUCGUGGCCAAGGAGGAGAACUCGUCCAUACCGUUCGUAGGAAGAGUAAUAAACUUCACGCAACCCGUGUAUGUCCGGAGAGAUGACCCAGAAUCCAGACAUAACACAAUACAAGAGAUAAUUCGCCGUGUAAAAUCGGACCAAGACUGGCCUCAGAUCCUCAUAUUCCCGGAAGGGACCUGUACAAAUCGAUCUUGUCUGAUCACGUUCAAACCCGGAGCUUUCUACCCGGCUGUGCCUGUUCAACCGGUGCUGUUACGGUACCCGAACAAAUUGGACACAGUCACGUGGACGUGGGAUGGCCCCGGAGCGCUGAAACUUUUGUGGUUGACAAUGACGCAACCAACAACAACGGUGGAAGUAGAGUUCUUACCGGUGUACGUACCCAGCGAAUACGAAAAACAAAAUCCAAAAGCCUUCGCCGAAGGAGUCCGUAAUGUUAUGGCCAAGGCGUUGGCCGUGCCUACAGCAGACUACACGUACGACGAUUGUCGAGUGGCUGUAAAAGCUGGCCAACUAGGUCUGCCGAUGACUUCGAAUUUAAUCACCAUUGAAAGGCUUAGAAGUCGUCUUGGAUUGACACGCAUUAAGAUCGAGGACUCGGCUUUGGUCAAGAACAUGCUGUCGUUUCAGAACCGAGAAUUGCAACCGAUUGAUUUGGCCGAGUUUGCGAACAAUUUGAAUGUCACCGUUGAGGACGGUUCAUUAAUCAGUUUGUUCAAAAUGCACCUAGAGGACGAAAAUCUGUCAACUAUAGACUUCAAAAAGUAUUUACUGGCUGAAUACAUUUUACAGAAAGCCACUCACAAAGAUGAUCCAAUCGUAUUGGCGUUUAAGUUGUACGGUGAGUGUUUCGACAAAGAAAUGUUUGAGUACGUGCUAAACCUCGUUUACAACCUUCCGAAAUCCGAAGCGUCCGUCGUUUACAGCGAGAUGACCGACAAACCGAACGAGAUACGAUUAGCCGAAUACCUGCUGUACGGCAAGAAGUAUCCGGAGAAAAUGGAUGCGUUGCUGGACCGCAGCAAAAGUUCGGCCCCACGGACCGUGACGGACUUUUCAAGUUGUGCGCAAUCGUCGUCGCACGGCGACGGGUCCGCCGUUGACGAUAAAAAGAGUCAAUGACAUUCGGAGUAUCCCACAAGUACGGUCGUACCUGUUGCAGACUGAUAUUAAACGAGAUAUUUUUUAGUUCUAAGGUUGUUUUAUACGCGUUUUAUGUAUAUAUGUUUUUGUUACUCGAUACGUACUACCUACACUUAAGGAAUAUUAGAGACUUGAGAAUCGUCGGACUGCGAGUAUAAUGCGUUUAUACUGACCGACGGUCAUCGUUAUUGUUCCGUUGCGUAAAAUCUACGGGAAUUUUACAAACGAUUUGUAAUAAUCUACAGGUGAUUUUCGUACGAAAAAGAAAUACAAUUAACAAUAAUAUCAUGACGACACACAUAUGUAUAUAUUCAUCGUUUUUGUGCAGCUUGUUACUUCGGUUUAUAAUAUGCGUUGUACUACUAUUAUAUACGCAAUUACGCGUUUUUCUCCGUUACGAAGUUUUCGCGUAAGAUCAAUAUUUUACGGCGUUUCGCUGUUACGGUGCUUCUUUCGCGGACCAAUGUCUAUUUCUUUAUGUGAUAUUGAAUACCAAGAGUUUGCGUCGACCGUUUUUUUUUUUUUUUUUCUGUACGCAUAGUAUAAUAUUACUUCGAUUGACGUGUUGGAUGUGGCGUGUAAUCAUCGACUCUAAAUCUUCGUUCCUACUCUCUCUCUCUCUCUCUCUCUCUCUCUAUAUAUAUAUAUAUAUAUAUAUAUAUAUAUAUAUAUAU